AUGCCUCCUUCCUCCCGACUAGAGAGGUUAGCUGCAAUACUUUCUCAAGCAACAUUUAUCCCAGCCAAGGCCUCUAUCAUCGAAGAAAUCUUCAGCUCAACUUCAGCCCCCUUCCAAAAGUCGACUAAUCGUGUCUUCUUCCGCUUCGAGCAGCGUAGAAUUCCCAUGACCUGCACGCUCUUUCGCUGUCCACCAUCAGCAUCGGCAUCGGCAUCACCAGCCUCCACACCACCCAUCUCCCCGGCAUUCCUCUAUGUCGACCGCAGCGACAUUCGCAGCGACCGCGAGGCAUCGCUGGAGCAUAUCUCCCGCCGGCUUCCGAACGGACGCUCCAGCAAGCCUACCUACCGUCUCUACUCUGCUCGCCUUGCGCAGAUCACGCCCGCCGACCCUUCUCGAGAGCCCUACAUGGCCGGCCUCCUCAUCGCUCUAGCGCAGGCUCAACGCCGCUGUCUACGCCGUGAUGCGCCCACGCCAGAGGGCUUCCAGGUCCAUGUUCUCGCUAGCCAUAUCAGGAACCACUCCUCUAUUACCGUCUUCUCAGCCGUUAUACCCACUGCAACGCUUGACAAACUCUCUCUGCCAAACUGGACACCGCGCGCGGCUUCGAAUUUUGGUGUUCGGUGCACUGAAAUCCCCUAUGAACCAUACGCCUCUUUCCAAGAACGAUUACUACAAGCAAUCACCCCACAAGAGUUGAGAGAACCAACAAGUUCAAAGCGUUCCUGGGAGUCGGACGAGUCGGAGGACGAGACGAGGAAAUAUGCUCGACCGGAGUAG